UAAAAAAAACAACGAAAAUGGCGCGUACGAAGCAAACUGCUCGUAAAUCUACUGGCGGUAAAGCCCCUCGUAAACAAUUGGCAACAAAAGCAGCCAGGAAAAGCGCUCCCGCUACUGGAGGUGUAAAGAAGCCACAUCGUUACAGACCUGGAACCGUAGCUCUUCGCGAAAUUCGUCGUUACCAGAAGAGCACUGAACUUUUGAUCAGAAAGCUACCUUUCCAACGUUUGGUUAGAGAAAUUGCCCAGGAUUUCAAGACCGAUUUGCGAUUCCAAAGUAGUGCCGUGAUGGCCUUGCAAGAAGCUAGCGAGGCUUACUUGGUAGGACUUUUUGAGGAUACCAACUUGUGCGCAAUUCAUGCAAAACGCGUCACCAUUAUGCCGAAGGACAUUCAGCUUGCUAGACGUAUUCGUGGCGAAAGAGCUUAAUUCAUUUUAAUCAACCCAACUUCUCCUCAACAAGACCGGUUCUUUUCAGAACCAAUAGAUUAUUUUCUGAAAAGCAAC